ACCCGCACCUGUCAUAUCAUAGCUUGUCGUUAUCUUGAUCCUCACUACGAUAUCGCCCCCGAAAACCAUGGAAGAGGAGAACAAAGAAGCUAUUCACGAGGCUUGCAGACAAGGCAGCUGUAAGCACAUCUCUCCACUCCCCGCCCCCUUACUCCUCACUCCAGUCCAUGACCCGGAGGGAGAAGGAGAAAACUGACCUGGGGAGGAGAAAAGCUGUCUUUGUCCUCUAUCAACCCCGUACUAACAUGAGGAGCUGAAUAAACAAGUAUCUCAAGUGGAAUCUCUGCUGGAGGCAAACCCCAAAUUAGCAUACCGUCGGGACUCCGAUGAUCGUUUGCCUAUACAUUGGGCUUGCUCAUACAAUCGCCUUCCUAUCGUGCAGCUCCUUACGCAGCAGAAGGGGUUUGACGUAGAUGCCCAGGAUGGAUCCGGGUGGUCGCCGCUCAUGAUCGCGGUGAGUGUUGAGGACGGGGACCAGAUGGUGGACUUGUUACUGUCAAGGGAGGCGGAUGUUAAUCUCAAAAGUAUGUCGCUUUUGGCUUAAUUCGUAUAAGGACUCUGAUGACCUAACUUGAGCUAACUCCUCGCUCCAACUCGGUAUCGCAGCUAACGGCGGACAAGUAAUUUAUCCCUUCCUCUCUCCCCCUGGCCUGGCCCGACCUAAUUCAGCGACUGACAUGCCCAUAUGAUAGACACCCCUCCACUUCUGCGCCUCCAAAUCCCGCCUCUCAGCAGCCCGCAAGCUCCUCUCCCCACCGUACAAAGCGAGUACGCGCACGGCCGAUACCCGCGGGCAACAGCCCAUCCACCGCGCUGCCGCCGCCGGCUCCCUCCCUAUGGUGAAACUCUUGCUGGAAAACCGCUCGUCGGUGGGCCCAAAGGACCACAGUGGGAUGACCCCGCUGCACCAUGCGAUUGCGGAGGGCAACGGUGACGUCGCGUUGGAGUUGUUGAGGAUGGGCGCAGACUCGAGCGCUAGGGACUCGGAGGAUAAACUUGCCAUAGAAUUGGCGCCAGAUGCUACGGUGCGUAAGUGGAUUUUGAGAAUGGCGGAGGAAGAGGGGAUUGAUGUUGCUCUUUCGUGAUGAUCAUGCUUGCUUGCUUUUGAUACCGGGCUGGUUAGUGAAUUUUAUUUGUAUUCGAGCGACGGUUCUGUGGUUCAACCAGGGGUAGGUCUACUGGAACUGGUGAAGUGAGAGUUUAUCGUAAAUCGAUGCACUCGAGGUGGUCGCACAGCGCUCUUGCGUGUGUAUCUACGAUGGAGCUCCCAGAACGCCUGAAUCACCUCAGAAAAUCUACCUUUAGUAUUUCUAUC